AUCCUCUUAAGCGCUCGAUGCUGAUGCCAGAGAUAAGACAACGUGCCUCGAACUAGGCCGCUGUCUUGGUCUCUCUCCCUUGUCCUGAGCCAAGAUACAUCUCAACCAACAACCAACACCGGGCGGCUACUCACUGAGCGACCAAUCACAUCAUGGCACCCUCUGUCGAGCAACUGCUGAAAGAUUCCGAAUUCGACCCUUCGCUGCUCCAGCGGGUGGCGUUCCGCAGAUCAAAGCCUCCGCUGGCCAUCGUCGAGCCUGACCCUUCAUGGCCGGCUACUUUUGACCUGCUCAAAGCCCGCAUCGAGUCCGCUCUCGGCAGCACAGCUGUCUCUGUCAACCAUGUUGGUUCAACAAGCAUCCCGGGUCUUCCGGCCAAAGCUGUUAUCGACAUUGACUUGGUCGUCAAAGACGUGACAGACGAGGCAUCUUACGCGCCCGCUCUCGAAGAAGCAGGCUUCCAGUUUCUUGUGAGGGAGCCUCAUUGGCACGAGCACCGCUUCUUCUGCGGAUACGAGCCCAUAUCUACAAACCUGCACGUCUGGGGACCUGACUCGCCCGAGGUGGUAAGACAUAAGAUCUUUGCCGACUGGCUGAGACGUAAUGAGACGGAUCGGGCGUUGUAUGAGAGGACAAAGAGGGAGGCUGCUGCUGUGAGUGCUGAGAAGGGUGAGGAUGUCAUGCAGUACAACAAGCGUAAGGAGGAUGUCAUUCGUGAGAUUUUGCAGCGGGCGUUUAAAGACCUAGGAUAUACACAGUAACUACAAUAGCCUUAGAUAGAGGGCAUUUGAGAAAGGAAUUCAUUGUGGUUAAAAGAUCGAGUCAA